AUGACUGCUUUAGAAUCCCACCAACCAGAUAUCAGUUCAGAGUCUUCUGCAAACUACGAAAAUUGCGAAACUGUUAAAGAAACUAUCAGAAGUGGGACUCCUCAAGCAGCUGCUACUCCUUCUAAUUCUACCGAUGCUAACGGUUCUGGUCCGGUCACUCCUGAAGUCAAUAUAAUUCGCCGCAAAUUAAAUGGAUACGUUGGGUUCGCAAAUUUGCCAAAACAAUGGCAUAGAAAGUCCAUCCGUCGUGGUUUCAACUUUAACUUCUUUAUUGUUGGCGAAAGCGGCCUUGGGAAGUCCACCUUAGUCAACACCUUGUUCAACAGAGAGCUUUACCCACAAAAAGAAGUCAGAGACCCUUCCGCUGAAAAACAAACCAACGUUAAAAUCGAAACCGUCAGUGCCGACAUCGAAGAAAAUGGUGUGAAAUUGCAUCUUACUGUUAUUGAUGCCCCAGGUUUUGGUGAUGCCAUUAACAACAGUGACUCGUGGGAACCAAUUAUUGAAGAAAUCAAUUCCAGAUUUGAUCAAUACUUGGAAGCAGAAACCAAGAUUAAUAGAACCACCAUUAUCGAUAACAGAGUCCACUCUCUUGUGUAUUUUAUUGAACCUACUGGUCACUCACUUAAACCUUUGGACAUCACAUUUAUGAAGAAGGUCCAUACUAAGGUCAAUUUGAUCCCUGUUAUUGCCAAGUCCGACACCUUAACUGAAGAAGAAAUUGCAGACUUCAAACAAAGAAUUCUUGAUGAUAUCAACACUCAGGGUAUCAAUAUCUUCAGACCACCAACCUAUGAAAAGGAUGAUGAGGAAACUAUUUUGUCCUGUCAAGAAUUAAUGUCAAGAAUUCCGUUUGCUGUAGUUGGUUCUACUGACGAAGUAUCAGGUAAAGAUGGCAACAAUGUGAGAGGGCGUGCCUAUCCAUGGGGUAUCAUCGAAGUUGAUAAUGAAGAUCAUUGUGAUUUCGUUAGAUUACGUCAACUUUUAAUCAGAGACUACCUUGAAGAAUUGAGAGAAACCACGGCCAAAAAAUUGUAUGAAAAUUACAGAACUGAAAAGUUACGCAACAUGGGUAUUGAACAAGACCAUUCUGUAUUCAAAGAAUUUGAUCCAUUGGUCAAACAACAAGAAGAAAAAACUUUGCACGAGGCGAAAUUGGCUAAGAUGGAAGCCGAAAUGAAGAGUGUUUUUGAUCAAAAGGUCACCGAAAAGGAAAAGAAAUUACAGAAAUCAGAAGCUGAAUUGUUUAGUAGACAUAAGGAAAUGAAAGAAAAAUUAUUGAAACAAGUGAGACUUUUGGAAGAAAAGAAGACUGCAUUGGAAAACUCUUCCCGCAAUAUGUUAGAUAAUCCAUCACAACAAAAGUCACGUAAAAGAAUCUUUUAG